UGAGAGAGAGGGUGGAUGAUCGCUCAUCGAGCUUCUUGUUGACGCACUCGGUCAAGCAACAUGACGGUGGACUUGGAUUUGAAGCGUGUGUUGUUGGAGGUUCUACCGUCGUCUGCAGUGAGGGCGCAGGUGGAGGAGUUGGGUGUCCGAAACCAUGCCGAAAUGAUUCGUGGCAGACUCUGGGUCAUCCAUGGUGUGAUAAUGGACGCCCAGCUACGGGCGAUGGAGGAGUUGGUCUUAGAGGCACGGGUGAAGGAUGUGGGAGACUGGGUGACGGAUGUGCGUGUGGCCGUUUUGGACUUCGAAGGCCUGCUUGGCCGGAUCGUAACAUGGCAACCGACGGGGACGUUCAAUCGCUUGCAGCGCUGCUACUCCCUAGACGACGACGACAAAGGGGCGUCUCGCGAUGCUAUCCUGAUAAAGCUCAAGGAUACAGCAGCCAGGUUGAAUAUCCUGGUGAGCAGGGCGCGUGGGUUGAAUCUUCGGAAGGAGAUGAUGGAAUCCAUGGACCCAUGCGAGGUAGAGUUCUCCACCAUCUUGAAGGCUGAGAUUGUGGGCAGAGACGAGGUUAUAGAAGAUUUCAUUGGGAAAAUUCGGCAGCGACAACAAGUGUCCACGGGUUCUGUGCCCCUGAUCGUCAACAUAAAGGGUCGUAAAGGAAUGGGGAAGACGACCGUCGCUCGGAUGAUCUACCACCAUCGCUGGGCGCGCGAGCAGUUCAGUCAUCGAAUCUGGGUAGACUCGCCCGGCUCUCUCUUUUUCGAUCCCAUGAGGAUCGCGACUCACCUUGCCGAUUCCAUGACGAAGAAACCGUGCAGCCAUUUGGAGCGCCACCUGCAUGGCAUCUGGAAACUCGUCAAUGAAAGUCUCCGAGGCAGCAAAUACCUUCUCGUCCUGAAUGACAUCAGGAGAGAGAAUUCGGAAGGUGACAAUUGGGAUAAAUUGCAUAACAUCCUCUUGCGUGAGGGCGGGGCGGGGAGUACGGUCAUAAUCGUGUCUUCCGAAGAUGGGAUAUUUAAGCCACGUAUGAUGGAAUUCGACGUCCCGGGCCUAUCGGAGAAACAUUGGGAACAAGUGUUCGUGAGACACGCGGUGAUCCACCCUGAGGAGGAAGAGGAGGCUUCUUCGGCGGCAAAGCUACUUCCACGUGACAUCCUACUCCACGGCAAUCCCUUGCAUGCUAAGCUUCUGGCCUCGGUAUUCUUCAGGCUCACAGAGCGGAGUCGGUGGGAAGAAAUGGCGGGUGCUGUUCGUACUGACAAAUCCAUCGACUACUUCGAUCCUUUUCAUCUGUUGGACUACCCCACAGGACGAGAUGCUACUGAGGAGAAGCUUUCUCACGACGAAGGCUCCAAACCCCUUUCAAGCGGGUAUGUGCAGUCCCCACCGGUUCCGAGAUUCGUCAACCUGCGUUUCUUCUCCCUCUAUCUUCUUCUAUCCCGGGACGAACGGAGACACCUGUAUUACUCCUUCUUUCCACCGGGCUACACCUUUGAUUUCCAGGACUUACUGCAGAUGCUCACUGCCGAAGGCUUCAUACCACAUUCAACCGACAAAGCGGCAGCAAUCGAGCAUCUGCAGCGCGAAGUACAGUCGUCGAUGUCAAGGACUAGCCGGUUUUCAGUACUCGAUCACUACUGUGGCCAGUUGUGCUUACCCGUUGAUCGGAAGAUACGGGCACUGCUGAUGCCCUUGCCUUAUUUUCUCAGACCUUCGAUUUUAAUCGUGGAGGAGGAGAAUGCCUUGAUGGAUCGGAAAUGCCAAACUGCACAGAUCCCACAACACGAGUCGACCAAGCUCACAGGUGUGCAUGUCCUGGAUCCGCUAGCUACCCAGAUCCUGAAGCUACCCGAGGAACACCAGUUGCUCAACCUCAGGUACCUCAACCUUUCGCAGACAAAGCUCAAAAAAUUCCCUGAUCCCAUCUGCUACCUUCGGAAUUUGCUGACCUUGAAGUUAGCUCACUGCCAACAGCUUAAGCAACUCCCGGAACAGAUCCACGACCUUGGAAAAUUACAGGUAUUGAAUCUGGCCUACUGCACAAAGCUUCGGAAGUUACCCAAGACGAUCACAAGCCUCGUCAACUUGCAAGAGUUAGACCUUGAAGGCUGUCACUCGCUCAUCGAGUUACCUCAAGGUUUGAACAACAUGAAAUCACUGACGGAGCUGAAUCUGCACCGAUGUUCUUCCUUGACUCGAAUGCCCCGUAAAAUGAAGCAGCUGCGUAACCUCCAAAAGUUAUCUGGAUACACUGCAGUGGACAACCUUGGAAAAGCCAUCCGGGAGAUGCAUGCUUUGGUGAAUCUGGAAGAGCUACUACAUCAACGAAACCUGGAAGAGCUACUACAUCUACGAAGCCUGGAGGAGCUGCAUCUACGAAGCCUCGAAGGAGUGUCAAAGCCGGAGGACGCUGAAGCCGCGAAGCUGGAGGAGAAACCAAACCUUCGGAGUUUGGCGUUACAAUGGGGAUGCCAGAAAAUGGACGACGGUACCGAAGCAUCUGCUGGCUCAUCGUCGUCGGAAGUAAUCGAAGCCCUCCGACCCAACAUAAGUUUGCGGAAACUCGAGAUCAUUGCUUACACGGGCGAGGCAUUUCCAAGUUGGAUGGGAAUCAAACAAGAAUAUCACUGCACCUUGGUGGAGAUCAAACUAAUCAACCUCAGAAGAUGCGGGAGUCUACCAGCUCUCGGGGAAUUAGCUCGUCUUAAGAUCGUUGAAAUCAGCGGGAUGCAGAAGAUCAGCUCCGUGGAUGAUAAAUUCUACGGUGACAAUGGCAGAUUUUCCACGUUGGAAAAGCUCACUUUCUCUGAAAUGCCUAACCUAGAGAAGUGGCAGACGGUGGUGAGAAAACAAGACUUGUUCCCUAAGCUCGCGGAGUUGACACUGAUCGAGUGCCCAAAGUUGGCGAAACUAGAGGUGCGCCUGUCACAAGUUAAAAGAUUGAACGUUUGGUUGGACAAUGGUCGGCUGUGGACGCCGACGCCGUCUAACUUCGAGGGUUGGGACAACCUGGAGGAGUUGGAAAUGGUUGGGUGCACACAGCUGAGGAGUUUACCAGAGGAUAUAAAGAAUUUUAAGUGCCUCGAGAGUUUGAGACUCGUUGGAUGUGAAAACCUCAUCUCUUUACCAGAUUGGCUAAAAGGAUACGAGGAAACGCUCCCCUUGAAGAUUUCUGAUGGUACGGCACUCAUAUUGGUGCCGAAGGCUUCAAAUCUGCUUGAAGAUCAUCCCAGUCUGCAUCGGACGUAUGAAGUCUAUCAACAUCAUUAUAACCGGUUCGACAUGACUGAUACGGAUGAUGAGGAAGAAGAUCAUCCCAAUCUGCCUCAUACGGAUGAAGAUCAUCAAGAACGUCAUAACCUGUCCGACAAAACUGAUGAGGACCGUCAUAGCUCGCCCGACAACUGAUGAAGAUCACACUAAGUUGCCUCACAUAACCAAUGAUGAUCAUCCUAACCUAUCUGGUAUAGCUAGUGAGGAUCAUCUCAAUCUGCCCCAUAUAACUGAUGAAGACUCUCCUAACCUGCCUCUCAUAUAACUGAUGAAGAUCAUCCCAACCUAUCUCAUAUAACAGAUGAAGAUCGAUCCAGCUUGUCCCAUAUAACUGCUGAAGACCAUCCCAAUUCAUCCCAUAUAACUAAUGAAGAUCAUCCAUCUCAUAUAACUGAUGAAGAACAUUCUGACCUAUCCCAUAAUCCAGGCCUUAUAACCGAUGCCAAUGAGGAGAAAUACUGGGGAGGCUCUCUGAGUCACCUCGCUCUGUUGUCACAGUUCUGUUUGGUACAC